AUGCGCUGCGGGCGCGGCUGUAGCUUCCUCCGUCCAGGCGUCCGCCCGAUGCCGCUCCUCGCCACCCGACCCUAUAUAACGCCGCGCACGUCAGCGGCCACCGCGGGCCCCGCCACUGCCACCUCUUCCGGUACCUGCUCCCUCCGGGUCCGGCUCCGCGCACCAGGGAGAUCCGCCGCCUCCUCCUCCUCCUCCCGGCUCCCUCGCGCCAUGGCCGCCACCGGAGCCGAUGCCGCCGCCGCUCCCCCGUCCCUGCUCGUCUUUUCAGGUGGAACAGCAUUUAAUGGUGUCGUAGAAGAGUUGAAGAAAGUGACUACCCGGGUUGCGCAUGUCCUACCAGUUUCUGAUGAUGGUGGAAGCACAGCUGAGAUUGUUCGUGUGCUUGGUGGACCUGCUGUGGGUGACAUAAGAUCAAGAUGCUUGAGACUGUCCGAUGAAAGCACUUUGGAAGCACUCUCCGUCCGGAGAUUACUUGGGCACCGUUUGCCUCUUGAUCCUUCAGAAGCAAAGCUGGAGUGGUACAAUAUUGUGGAAGGAGAACACUCUUUAUGGGAUGGUGUCUCUCGUCCCUACAGGGAAACAAUCCGUGCAUUUUUGGUCUACUUCCAUAAUGAGAUCCUUCGGCGACCAGUUGAAACAUUUUGCUUCACCAAUGGCAGCAUUGGGAAUUUCUUUUUUGCUGGCGCACGCAUAUUCUUCCAGUCUUUGGAUGCUGCGAUCUUUUUGUUUUCACGUGUGUCACAAAUCCCUGCCGAAAGUCUUGUGCUUCCAGUAAUAUCCACAAAUGACAGGCUUACUCUGGGGUGUGAAUUAUGGGAUGGAACUAUUAUCCGAGGCCAAAAUGAAAUAUCACAUCCAAGCAAUGGCCGUAGAGAAGUUGUUGACAAGCGCACUUCCUUCAAGCAUCAAGCGCGUCUUUUACAUGUCAAGUGA